CUUGACACCCACAUCUCUCUGCUCAGAAACGAGUCACUUCAAAAAUGUCGACCUUUGGAACGCUGUACCGAGUCACUACCUACGGCGAGAGCCAUUGUGCCUCCGUAGGUGCUAUUAUCGACGGGUGCCCUCCCGGUUUGGAGCUGUCGGCCGAAGACAUUCAAAUCCAACUCAGUCGUCGUCGGCCUGGACAGAGCAAUCUCACAACACCUAGAAACGAGAAGGAUCUCGUCCAACUUCAAUCCGGCUUGGAGCAUGGUGUCACUUUGGGCACUCCCAUCGCCUUGCUCGUCAAGAACGAAGAUCAACGACCUCACGAUUAUUCGGAGACCGACCUCUACCCUAGGCCCAGCCAUGCCGAUUAUACUUACCUUGAGAAGUAUGGCGUCAAGGCCAGCAGUGGUGGUGGACGUUCCAGUGCUCGCGAAACGAUCGGUCGGGUUGCUGCUGGUGCCAUCGCGGAGAAGUAUUUGAAACAAGCAUUUGGCAUCGAGAUUGUUGCAUUUGUUUCGUCCGUGGGCAAGAUCCAUCUCCCCAACGAACUAUCACCGCCUUCGCUCACCCGUUCGGAUACCAACGAAGACAAUGAUGACGCUGAAGACUCAGUUUCUCCAGAGUUCAGGCAGUUGCUAAAGACAAUUACUCGUGAGGAGGUUGACCACCAUCCCACUCGAUGCCCUCACCCUGCUACCGCCGAGAAGAUGACCCAGCGUAUCAUCCGUGCUAAAGACGCCUCUGAUUCCAUUGGCGGAACGGUCACUUGCGUUAUCCGAAAUGUACCUGCAGGCCUGGGAGAGCCUGUCUUUGACAAGUUCGAAGCAGCGCUGGCUCACGCCAUGCUCUCCAUCCCAGCAACCAAAGCCUUCGAAGUCGGUUCUGGCUUCCGGGGAACCGAAGUGCCCGGUAGCAAGCACAACGAUCCCUUCGUUGUUCGCCCCGACGGCACCCUUGGAACCGUAACCAAUUGGAGUGGAGGUAUCCAGGGUGGUAUCACUAACGGCGAAGACAUCUACUUCAGGAUCGGUUUCAAAUCCCCCGCUACCAUCUCUCAACCACAAGAAACUGCUCGCUAUGAUGGCACCCCCGGAACUCUUGCUGCCCGCGGUCGUCACGACCCAUGUGUGGUCCCUCGAGCUGUCCCAAUCGUUGAAGCGAUGGCUGCUCUGGUCGUAAUGGACCAACUUUUGCAGCAGGACGCGCGAAAGACUGCUGCCAGCAGAUUGCCGCCCAUCAAGACCCUCCCGCCGACCAUGGUUAUGCCCAAAAAGGAGGUUCUUUUGGAAAGUAACAAGGCCUAA